AUGGUCCCUGAGAAGAUCCCUGUGCUGCUGCUUUAUUUAUUUCAUCGCUCCAUAUGGUUGGUUGCAGGUGAACAUGCACUGGAAAUAGCUAGGAUUGUCAACCUCCAGGUAUCCAUCAAGUUGGGUUUUUCUCAUUUCUGUGGUGGCAGUUUGAUCCAUGAAAACAUAGUGGUUACCGCAGCUCACUGUGUGGUAAAUCUUGACUCGGAACUUGUGAAGAACUUGAUUGUGACUGUUGGAGAAUAUGACCUCAGAAGGACAGAUAAAGGCGAACAAAACAUUCCUGUCUCAAAAGUCAUUCUCCACCCUGCGUUCAGCAGAUUUGGGUAUAUGAAUUCAGAUAUAGCUCUUCUGUAUCUGAAAUACAGAGUAAAAUAUGGGCCUGAAGUUCAGCCAAUCUGUCUUCCCCACAAAGAAGACACAUUUGAAGUAGGGAUGCUCUGUGUGGUGAGUGGGUGGGGCAAGGUCUCUGAAGCUGGUGCUCUGUCCAAUAUACUACAGGAAGUGGCUCUGCCCAUCCUUGAUAGCAGAAGUUGCAGUGAGCUGUUGGAAACAUUGAAUUUGCCUCCAAUGGGGAGCUCUGUGCUGUGUGCUGGCUUUCCUGAUGGCAGAAAGGAUGCAUGCCAGGGUGAUUCUGGAGGCCCACUAGCAUGCAGGAAACCCAGCGGCAUCUGGACUCUGGCUGGUGUCACAUCUUGGGGGAUUGGGUGUGCGAGAGGCUGGCUGGCUGGCGAGAGAAGCCCUGGAGGCAGAGGCUCCCCAGGCGUCUUUGCUAAUGUUGCUGAGCUGCAAGACUUUGUAGCUCAGAAUAUGGCCAUUAUACUUGAGCCAAGCCACUCACUGCCCACCAGUCUGGAAGACUGCAGCUCCCAUGGAAUGUCAAUAUUUGGAGAAAGGGGCCACAUUCGGCACCCACGCCUCAUGGGGGAUCAUUAUCUUGAUAACAGCCUCUGCGUCUGGAAUAUAACUGUGCUGGAAGAUAGAUUCAUGCUCGUGCAGUUUAUCAAAGUAGACAUAGAAGAUCAGGUUGGAUGUGACCAUGACUCCGUGACUUUUCAUUCAAGCGAGGGGAAAUUAAUUGGUAAAGUCUGUGGUCAUGUGUUACCCUCCCCUCUGCUGAUAGACUCUAACCGAGCAACAGUCACUUUUGUGUCUGACAGUAGCUAGACUGGGGGCGGCUUUGAGUUCCUUUUCACUGCUGUGCAUAAGGCUUCUGAAGCAGGUUCCGGCUGUGGCAGUGUCGCAAUGCUGGUGGAAGAGGGGAAGAUUGACACAGCUAAUUACCCUGGCUUGUAUCCCAGCCACACCAAAUGCCAUUGGCUCAUUGAAGCCCCCGUGGAUCAUGCCAUAAAGUUGGAAUUUGAGGACUUUGCUGUGGAAGUCAGCCAGGACUGUAUUUAUGAUGCCAUCACUGUGUUUGGAGAUACAGAAGAGGAACACCGACUAGCUCUUCUUUGUGGUUUCUCAAUUCCUCCCCCCAUCUGGAGCUCUGGAAAUAUCUUGCUGAUACACUUUCAGAGUGAUGGAGAGAACAACUUUCGAGGAUUCAAGGCCAGAUUUACCUUUUCCCCCUCAGAAAACACCCAAGCUGAAUUUGCAGGGCCGGUGUUUGUACAAGCAUCCAUUCCAAAGCAGGUACCUGCAGAUGUUUGUGGCUCUCCCCCCUUUGGUCCUCAGUGGCAGUCCAGACGUGUUGUUGGGGGAGAAGAAAGUUGUCCCCACUGCUGGCCAUGGCAUGUAGGCUUGCAUUUUCUGGGGGACUACGCAUGUAGUGGUGUCAUCAUUGGCCCAGAUUGGGUGCUCACUGCAGCCCACUGUUUGCAGCUAGCAAACAAAUCGUUAUAUUGGACAGUGGUUGCUGGAGACCAUGACAGAUUACUGAAGGAACCAGCUGAACAGGUAAGAAGAGUAAAGACCAUUUUAAUCCAUGAAGACUUUGAUGUCACAAGUUAUGAUUCUGACAUCGCCUUGGUCCAGCUCGAAGGCCCCCUCACUUACAACGCUGCAGUGCGGCCAAUAUGUUUGCCCAACUACACAGAGCUAUUAUUUGAUUCUCUGCUUUGUACGGUGACUAGUUGGGGAAGCAUCCAAGAAGCUGGGGGCCUCACCAGCCGCUUGCAGCAGACCCAAGUGCCUAUGCUUAAUAAUGAUGUCUGUGAGCAAAAUUAUUAUUUCAACCACCCCAGAGGGAUAACAGCCAGGAUGCUCUGUGCCGGGUUUGCAUCCUCCAGAGGCCAAGGCACUUGCCAGGGGGAUUCAGGUGGCCCGCUGGUUUGUCAAAAUGAGGACUCAUCAUUUACACUCUACGGCAUUGUCAGCUGGGGCGUAGGAUGUGCCAGGCCAAAGAAACCAGGUGUUUAUACAAGAGUGAGCGUCUUUCUGGACUGGAUCUUCUCCAGAAUGAAAGAAAAGGGGCCAGCGGGUAUGCCGAUAAAUAAUACUGGACAUGAAACCUUAGUGGGACCACCAAAGUCAUUUAUGAAUCUGUCAGGACAAUGGCCAAAGAUGGGGGAAAGCAUGAAAUACCUCAACAAUCUGAGCCAGCAGCUGGCUGACUGCAGAGAUGCCAUCCUCAUUGCCCGGGAAGGAAUGAUCCAGUCGCCACGUUUUCCAAAUGGGUAUUCCGACAUGGCUAGCUGUCACUGGAGAAUUGUCAGCCCAUUAAAUUCUGUCAUUCAGUUGGAUUUCUUAGACUUCAUGUUUGAAAAAUCUCUUUCGGAAUGCCAUGGUGGACUCUCCAUUUAUGAAGGAUCUGAAUCAGCAAAGGAGGUGCUCGGUAAUUUCUGUGAUGGAGCUCCACGCUUUCCAUUAAAGUCUCAUGGUCCUGUGGUGAUGCUGACCUUUAAUUCUGGCACAGCAACAACGAUGAAAGGAUUUGUUCUUGCCUACAGAAUCCAUGAAAUUCAGCCCAGUCCAGUCUUAAAGAGAAUGAGAGACAAUGGUAAAGGAUGUCCAAUUCUGGAUCUGAUUCCAGUCGGAAUUGCCGAGAUCACUUCUCCUAAUUACCCGCAUAUUUACCCCAGUUUAUCGACCUGCACAUGGACAGCUUAUUCUGCUUCAGGGAACAGGCUGAAAGCUGUGAUCAAGGAUCUUGAAACCGAGGAAAGCAGGGACUGUGUCUGGGACUCUCUUAACAUUUAUGAUGGACCGGAUUGUAAUUCAGCAGUACUUGGUUGUUUAUGUGGCAAAAAAAGGGAUCUCCAAUUUGUUUCCAGUGGCAGUUACUUGACGGCGUGUUUCAAAACAGUCGAGGACAGAGGCUUCAAGAUGGUGUUUGAAGAGCUCAAUCAACGACCAGCACAGAGAAGCAAAAAUGGGAUAGAGUUCAAGAGUCAAUGUAACUGAAGCUCAGAACCAACAUUGACAUCAGUCUUCUCAAUUAGCUCUCUGUGUGUGCAUGCAAUAAGUGUCUGGCAAUGUGCGUCAUAAAGGCAUUCUUGGAUGAGUUGAGCAAUAA